AUGAUAUCUCCGGACUUCAUCGCGCUUUUAAUCUGUGUGGUCUUGGGACUGGUCUUGGCAAUCCCUUCUAACACUUGUAUUGUGAUGGGCAAUCUGGACAUCAUCAGAAAGAAAGGGAAGUUGAGUCCCUCCGAUGUGAUCUUUCUGGGGAAGGGAAUUGUGAAUAUUCUCCUCCAGUGUGUGAUGAGUCUACAGGCAAUGCUCUACGUCUUUUUUUCAAAAAUCUUAUAUAUUAGACAAGUUUAUGUGUCUAUUACUAUAUCAGUUUGCUUCCUAACAUAUUACAGCUUCUGGUUGACCUUCUGGCUCUCGGCUCAUUACUGUACCAGCAUCACCAAUCUCAGCUAUGGGUUCUUCAUCUGGAUAAAUAGAAUUGUGUCCAAUUUCCUGAGUCACCUUCUGUUCCUGACAGCACUUGGGAUGUUUAUUGUGAAUGUCCCGGCCAUUUGGGCUGUGUAUGCAGAAAGCCAUAUCUAUUCUUCUGAGAACAGUACAGAGGACACUGUUGCCAGAUUCCAUGCCAGUCUUUCCUUUUUUGUGCCAACAAACGCCCUAGGCUGCAUCCUUCCAUUCUGCCUUAGUCUUCUGUGUCUGGUCCUCACUUUCUCCUUUCUGCUCAGACACGUCUGGAGGGUGAAGAAUAACGACUCGGGAUCAACACGUCCAAAUCUUCAGGCUCAUGUCACGGCACUGAGGACAAUCUUCUUCUUACUUCUCAUGUUCACAUUUUUCUGUAUAUCUCAGGUACUUCUGUAUAAUCGAAACUCCUCAGAGUUAAUGAAAGUAGUCAAUUGGAGUUUACGAUUAUUAUCUCCAUCGGUGGAGGCCGCCAUCAUCUUCCAGGCCAGCAACAAGCUGAGAAGGAUCAUUCUGAGAAGAUUCUGGACCAGAAUCUGGAGGAACACAGAGACUUAA